AUGAUAAGCAAUCUGAACGGAAAAAAUGGGCAAUGGGAACUGAAUCGCUGCUACAAUACAACUUCCGGUAUACUAUGCAAGACGUCCGCAGGCAAGAAUGGUUGCGAGACAGCACUUCGCGUGAAAAGGUCAAAUGAAGGCAGUAAAGACAAAAGUACACCUUGCGCUGAUUGCACAGAAGAAACCUGCACUGACUGCACGGAAGUAACGUGCGCGGAAUGCGAAGAAACCUGCACUGAUUGCACAGAAGAAACGUGUGAGGAAUGUGAUGAUGAUGAGAGUACUGUAACGGCAGCAAGUAAAAAAGGCAAACCAGAUGAAGAGACCGACUGUAUAUGUGACGACGACAGCGGAGAAUGUGAAUGCAUACAGUGUGUAUGUAGCGACGAUGAUGAAGAAUGUGAUUGCAAAAACGAUGAAUUCUCCACACCACGAAGUGGAAAACAUAAAAGUACGGAAGAGCAUCAUUGUAUCUGUGAAAAGGGGACAGAACCAUGCUGUGCUAGAACCACAAGAACACAGCUAAUUGGAUUCGGUACUACUCCUGGCAAAUGCAAAGACGAUGACUGCAUGCAUAAUGGUUGCUGCGUGAGCACUUGCUGUACGAAUUGUUGUGCGUGCAAUUGUGGUACCGGAUGCUGCAUCGAUGACAUUGUUCAUGAAUUAGGGUGUUAUCCAGAUUAUAUGGUAAAUGGAGCGUAG